CGCCCCUCCGCAUCUUUCAGGAAGAAAAGCCUCAAAGGAGCGGUGUGAGGCGGCGAGCGCGCAACGGCCUGCUUUGCACCCACUUUCGCGGAGUUUUCCCCACUUUUUAUGCUGCUUUUUGGGACGAAUCCACAGCCGACAUGCUAAUCCACGAGUACCGGAUCAUUCUGCCCAUUUCAGUGGAAGAGUACCAAAUUGGGCAGCUGUACGCCGUAGCGGAGGCCAGUAAAGGAGAGACAGGAGGAGGGGAGGGAGUGGAGGUCCUGGUGAAUGAGCCCUACAAGAACGGAGAUGAGGAGGGACAGUACACCCACAAGAUCUACCACCUACAGAGUAAAGUCCCUGGUUGGAUCAGAGCACUGGCACCCAAAGGUUCUUUAGAGAUCCACGAAAAGGCCUGGAACGCGUAUCCCUAUUGUAAAACAGUCCUAUCAAGUGAGUAUGUGGGCGAUCGCUUCUCAAUUGAGAUCAUCACGUGGCACAAACCGGACAUGGGCACCAUAGAAAAUGUUCACGGUUUAACCGAAGCCCAAUUGAAAGACCGUAAAGUGGUUGAUAUUGACAUUGCUGCUAAUUUAGACGACCCAAAGGACUACAAAGAAGACGAGGAUCCAACAAAGUUUAAGUCAGUAAAAACUGGGCGAGGACCUCUGUCGGCUGGCUGGCAGAAAGCUCUGGAGUCUGACACAAACACGCCCCACAUGUGUGCCUACAAACUGGUCAAGGCUGAGUUCAGGAUGUUUCCUAUUCAAGGCAAAGUAGAGAGCACUAUUCAGAAGAUGGAAAAGAGGUUGUUCACAACCUUCCACAGAAAGCUCUUCUGCACCCUGGACGACUGGCACGGCAUGACCAUGGCUGACAUCCGAGAGAUGGAAGAAAAGACCAAGGCCGAGCUCGAUGAGCUGAGGAAAAAGGGAGCUGUCCAAGGCACAAAAGCUGACAAAUAACUCCAACUCAAAGUCCUCUCAACUCUCCCCUCAACCAUCAUUGGACCAGUAGACCGAUACACAUCACUUUCAGCACCAAUUGCUACUGACACUAAAUAAACCCUGCAUUUGUAAUGUAAUUAUGUAUUUUUGCACUACAAAUGCAACCUUAGUAACUAACAUUGAUCAAACUUCUUACCAUCAACAUCAGUGUAUUGGUCAGGGAGGAUGGGAUCAGGGAGUCUCACUGUUAAAGGCACUGUACUAGUUUUUAAAAACAUUACCUUUAUGCAUUCCGAUCAUUAUAAGUUCUUUUCACAACAUUUAGAGACCAGAGUGGUGUUUUUUGCCAUCACAGUAAAGCUAAUAAUAACUAGCAUGCUAACAGUGUACUUCCUCAUUCUCGGAUUAUAAAACACUUUCUAAUUAGAUUAGAGUAGAAGACAGCACAAAGCGGACUUACUUUGACCUCAAGAGCUGCUUGUAUAAUUUAUCUGUACUGACACGUUUUGUCCAAAUAUAUGAAAAAAAAAAGUCACGUACAGGGCCUUUAACUGUUGAAAUGAUUAUACUUUUACUAUUGUCGUUUUCUUGAAUUUAUUGAUGUAUCAGGUUUACAAAACAAUCUCAAUAAGAAGUUAAAUACAGCUGGAUGAAGACUAAGUUAUGCAUUGUAAACAUAAAGGCAUUUUCUAUAAGGCAACCAGCAAUUCUAGAAGAGUUUGUAUGCUUGAUGUUUUGUCUUGUGAGGUUGAGUUGUGAUUGUUUAAAAAAUGCUAACUUUGUAUUUUGUGUUAGUAUUUAAUUAAAUUUCGGUGAUUUUACCCUAUAUUCACGAUAAUUCUGUUGAAAUAUGUUUCUGUAAAUGCAUUUGUUGAGUUUGAGCCUGUGAACGGCACCUUCCAAACUCAGUGUUCUUAUACACAAAGUCCAGAGCAAUCUGUUGCCUUGGAAAUAAAACUUUAAGUGCUUUUA